UCGUGAAUCUCUUUCAAAGAAGAUCCGCCGGAUCAUGGGGCAUGAGCCCUCCUAAAAGCCCCGACCCUCUGUUCAGUUUUGCCGCCAUGGUGUUCUGACCGUCCUUCCUCCUCCUCUUUUUGAGCCAAUGGGGGUGUCGACUGAAUAACUCUCCCAAACGGUAUGAGAUGGGCGGCGACGGCUGUGUCUCUUCUGAAGCCGAGGCUGCUGCCCAAAACCCUCAUCGGGCCUUCCCUCAGAGUGCGUCUCUCAUCUCAGUCGGCGGGAGAAGCCGACGGACGCAGUUUCUUCAGAGGAGCGAGUUACCACUCGGUGAACGCGAGCUCGCCCACUCCCGAUUCCGAAGACGGCAGCUUCGUCUAUCGUCAAGCCCUGAAAUUCCAACGUCCGAACGCGACCAAGUUGCAGCCUCACCUCCGCAACUCCGCGAGCUUCAUAGGCACCAUUAUUCGCCCUUUCAUCAAAUUCAUUAAUCACGAGCGGAUUUUCUGCGUGUAUUCGAAACUUCGAUUGUUGCCGCCACCUCCGGGGAAAGGAGGCCGGCCGCUCUGGAUUUUUGUGGACUUCUACGAUAAAAUGGCUCGAAUAGCAUCACGCCAUCUGAAGCCCGGAGAUUUUGUCUACGUCUCCGGCCAUUUGGAUUACUUCACCGUAGGCAAUAAUGAUGGUGGAAAUGGGAAAGCGCUCAUGUUCUACAAGGUCAUCGUAAAGGAUUGGAACUUUGUUCAACCUAAGCUUGAAAGUACUAGCCAAUCAAAUGUGGAAAGAUUUGAGGCACAAGAAGCAGAAAUAGCAAAUUUUAUUUUAGGUGAUAAGAACUGUGAAAACAAAGAAGAUGAUCCGCUGCAUUUGUGGAUGUUGUUCUUUGCUAGCCCUCUCGAAUGGUGGGACAAUAGGCGGGAUAAGAGGAAUCCAAGGGCCCCAGACUUUGUUCACAAGGACACACGUGAAUGUAUAUGGAUUCGUGAAACAGAUCCACCUUGGGUCAAGUCACAACUCAAACUUACUGACAAGAGAAUGGAAGAUCAUGGACUAAUGAAUCUCAGAAGAAGUCGGGAAUGUGCUGAGUGGAAAUUUUGAAUUUAACCGCCUGCUUCAUUGGUGGCCCGUCUCAACUGGUUCACCUGCAAUGGGGUAAGUUGCUCAAACUUAGUGGUGACCGUCAUAGAGACUUCUUUUAGAGGCAGCUGUUAAGUUGGACUUUCACACAUAUUGGUGGAUGUGGUAGGUUUCCACCUUUCUCUCAUAUAACUUUGAGAACAACAAUCUUUAUCAGUUAGUUCAAUCUGCUAUUCUUUUUGUGCCCUA